AUGAAUAAAAAGAUCAAAUAUGGAGCAAGUAACGAUGUCAUUAAGGAACAUUCAGAUAUUGAUGAAACAUAUCGAUGUAAGACUACAAAGUUGACCAAGGAUAUUCUUGAGUUUAUUCAAUUUGAAGGGGAGUCACUUUAUGAGGCAUGGGAGCGUUUCAAAGAUUUACAAAGGAGUGUCCCCCAUCAUCGGCUCAAUAAAGAGCAUGUGAUCCAAAUCUUCUAUGAUGGGACGACUAUUACUACUAGAGCAACAAUUGAUGCGGCUUCGGGCGGAUCACUAAUGCAAAAGACGUAUGAAGAGGCGCUAGAAUUGGUGGAAAAGUUGGCGAUAGUUAGUAGCACUUGGGGCCCUAUUGAUAGAAGAGCUCCAUCUACUCAAAAGUCGGUAAUGACUCUUGAUCAAGUGAGGGAAAUGGAGGCCAUAAAAGCAACUAAUGCUUCAUUACAAGCACAAGUGGAUGCCCUCAAGAAACAAGUUGCUCCAAGAAACGCACCGGUCGCCUAUGUUCAAGUGGGAUGUGAGCAUUGUGGGGACUACAACCAUAGUAAUGGGGAGUGUUAUGCCACGGGGAAAGCUUGGAGUGAGCAAGUGAACUAUGUUGGAGGCCAAGGGCAAGCUAAUGACCCGUACUCUAAUACCUACAACCCCGGAUGGAGGAAUCAUCCUAACUUUGGAUGGAGAAACCAAGAAGGUCAAGGCAAUGCUCAAGCCUCCAACCAAGCGGGUCCUAGUUUUCAAGGAGGAAAUAGACCUCAAUAUCAACAACAACCACAAGGUCAAUACCACAACAACCAACACCAAGGGAACAAUUAUGGUGGUAGACCACAACACCCUCCCGGUUUCCAACAACCAAGGAACACGGAUGAGGGAAACAUGCUUGCCAAAUUGAUGGAGAAAUUUGAAAAGAUGGAGGUUGAAAAUAGGCAACUUCACAAUGAAAAUAGGCAAAGGGAGAAGAACCAAGCUUCCACCAUCCAUCACUUAGAGACCCAAAUCUCGCAAAUGGCACUUUCGCUUCAAGGUAGACCUCAAGGGGGAUUGCCCUCUACUACGGAAAACAAUCCUAGAGAGCAUGUGAAAGCCAUCAAAGUUGUGGAACUUCGAAGCGGUAGAGUCCUUGAUGUUGAUCAUGAUAAGGAUCUUGAAAAAGCUAAUGGCAAGAGGCCAAUGAUUGUGGAGGUUGAGCCUCAAGUGGUAAUAGAUGUUGCAAGCUCUAGUCAAGAGCUACCAAAGUCGUGUGAGGAGGUGGCUAUUGAUAUUGAUGUUGAAGAACCAUAUGUGAGGCCACCACCACCACCACCUUUUGUGCCUAAAGUACCAUUCCCAAGCCGGUUGAGAAAGGCUCCGGAUAAUGAAAAGUUUCAUAAGUUUCUUGAAAUAUUCAAGAAACUUCAAAUAAGCAUGAGCCUAGGGGAUGCCUUGCGAGAGAUGCCCCAAUACGCUAAGUUCUUGAAAGACAUAAUUAUGAACAAGCGAAGUUGGGAACAAGGCGGAACAAUUCCUCUAACGGAAAGUUGUAGUUCUAUUAUCCAAAGCAAUCUACCAACCAAGCUACAAGAUACAGGGAGUUUCACGAUUCCUUGCUUAAUUGGCACUUCUACUUCUCUUAAUUGUCUUUGCGAUUUAGGUGCAAGUAUAAAUCUAAUGUCGUUGUGUCUUCAGGGAAAUAUGUGGAAACCAACCGAUAAAACAAACUUCCAUGAUGCUCCAAUUGGCCGACCAUUCGCUCAAGAGACCGCACGGGGUUGCGGAAGACGUGCUAGUAAAAGUGGGCAAGUUCAUCUUUCCGGUGGACUUUGUUGUGCUUGA